AUGACCGAAGGAUCAUUCUCAGCCCCUCCGCAAAUCCACACCUUCGACGGAGUCCUCUCCGACUUUGACGGCACGAUUGUUGACUCGACAGAUGCAAUCGUCAAGCACUGGCACAAAAUCGGUGAUGAACUGGGCGUAGACCCGAAAGCCAUCCUGGCUACGUCCCACGGACGAAGGAGUAUCGAUACAUUGGCGCUGUAUGACAAGAGCAAGGCCAAUUGGGAGUAUGUCAGCUACAUCGAAGGCCGCAUCCCCCAACAAUACGGCUCCGAUGCCAUCGAAAUCCCCGGCGCCCGCACCCUCCUCUCUGCCCUCGAAUCCUCCCGCGCAAACUGGGGCGUCGUGACCUCCGGCACCCGUGCGCUGGUUGACGGCUGGCUCGGUGUCCUGGGUCUCGCACACCCGCGCGUCCUGGUUGUAGCCGAAGACGUUGAGCUGGGCAAACCUGACCCGCGCUGCUAUCUUCUUGGUCGUGAGAAGCUGGGACUGGAGAACUCGGGGUCGGAAUCCAUUGUGGUGUUGGAGGAUGCGCCGUCGGGGAUUAAGGCGGGCAAAGCGGCGGGGUUUAAGGUGCUUGCGCUUGCGACGACACAUACGCUGGCUCAGUUGCGGCAUGCUGGGGCGGAUUGGAUUGUGAAGGAUUUGAGCAGUGUUGAAGUGAAGGGUGUUGAGGGGGGAAAGGUGGCGCUGGAGAUUCGGGAUGCGUUUCAAUAG